AGUUUUUCAUUGAUUGAUAAAAAAACAUUUUGCAAUAACAAUCCAAAGAAACCAGACAAAUAAAUUUUCUCUAAUGGCUAACCGCAUCUCAAACAUAAACUCUCUGAACAUCUUUGUUAUCUUGGUUUCUUUCAUCGCGUUGCAAUCAACACAAGUAGGAGCUACUUGUUCAAAAAUUGUGGGGAGAUGUGCAGUACAAAACUGCGCUGCAACUUGUAGAAACUUUCCAGGUACUGAUGGUGGCUUCUAUUCAUGUGGAUACUUUGACUUGUGCACUUGUUUUUUCGAUAAGGCACCUCCUAAAGAGGAUGGAGAAGAACGACCUUGCAAUACGGGGCUACAACUUUGCGAUGAUACGUGUGAUUCAAAUUGCUGCAAAUCAAAGUGUACUGAAAUAUACAAAAAUUAUGUUAAUCCUACUGGGGAUUGUGUUCGAGCGUUUCAGAAUACUCAUUGCAUUUGUUACUAUGAUGAGUGAAUUGCUACUUAUUGAUUGAAAUGAAUUUGGUAUUAAAAAUUU